CUCAGGCGCUGCCCGGAGCCGUUGCUGCCCGCGCGCAACUCCCAAGCCGGUGGUAGGAGGGCGGGGGGAGACUCGCUGCUGCUGCUGCGCGGAGCUCUCCUGCCCGCGCUCUGCCUGAGCCCGGGAAAGGGGUCAACGCUCCCCCCUGGCAACGCUCCCCCCUGGCGCGUGCCUGGCCGGCUGCAUCCGCACCUCCGCGGUGCUUUCUUGGGGGAGCAGAAAAAUAAUCCUCUGCCUCCGUGGAGCCGCAGAUCCCUUGGGCAGGGAGCGCGCUGGGGUUUCAUGCACGGAUUAAAAAGGGGGAGCGUGGACUAGCGCGCCAGAACCGGAAGGGACCCCAGAGGGCAUCACGUCCAGUCCCCUGCCCUCGCGGCAGGACCGGUUGAGGUCUUGAUUAGGGUUGGACAAUAAUUUUUGGUUCAGAGAUGGAGUCAGAAGAAAGGACAACCAUCAGAAGCGAACAAAAAUCGAGGAAGAUUUUAAAAAGUCUAAUAAGGAAGCAACCUGGGGACCUUCUUUUGGUAAUUGGAACCGGAAUAAGUGCUGCUGUAGCACCAGGAAUACCAGCACUGUGCUCAUGGAGGAGCUGUAUUGAAGCUGUCAUUGAAGCAGCUGAACAGCUGGAGGUGCUUCAUCCAGGAGAUGUUGCUGAAUUCCGCAAAAAAGUGAUCAGAGACCGAGAUUUGCUUGUAGUUGCACAUGAUCUUAUAAGAAAGAUGUCACCACGAACAGGUGAUACCAAGCCCAACUUUUUCCAGGAUUGCUUAAUGGAGGUGUUUGAUAACUUGGAACAACACAUUCAGAAUCCUGUUGUUCUGCAGUCAAUCCUUAGGCUAAUGGAGAGAGGCACUAUGGUCCUUACAACAAACUAUGACAAUUUACUAGAGAUUUUUGGUCAACAACAGGGUAAACCCAUGGAGUCUUUAGACUUGAAAGCUAAGGAUAAGGUUCUUCAGUGGGCAAGAGGUCAUAUAAAGUACGGAGUUCUUCAUAUUCAUGGCUUGUAUACAGAUCCCUGUGGAAUGGUGUUGGAUCUUUCAGGAUUUAAAGAUGUUACUCAAGACCCUGAAGUAAUGGAGAUUCUUCAGAACUUGUACCGGACCAAAUCCUUCUUGUUUGUGGGCUGUGGAGAGACACUUCGUGAUCAGAUAUUCCAGGCUCUCUUUCUAUAUACUGUAAAGAAUAAAGUAGAUUUAGAACAUUAUAUGUUGGUGCUUAAAGAAAAUGAAGACCAUUUUUUUAAACUCCAGGCAGAUAUGCUUCUGCAUGGAAUAAAAGUAGUAUCCUAUGGCAAUUGCUUUGAAUAUUUUCCAGAGUACAUCCAAGAUCUAACUGCUCAAAUCUGUAAGCAGAGGAGUCCAGAUGCUGACCUAGUGGAUAGCACAACACUGUUAGGGACUUCAUGUGUGGACUGUGAAAAGAGGAAGUUAGAAGAAACUGACAUGGGACUUCCUAAGAAAGGCAAACAAUCAGAUAAUGUAGAUACCUGUGCUGGUGACCUGGGCAUUGUGGAGAAGUUUGAAACCCAAGUGAAGAACAUCUGUGCAGGACCUCUGGAAGGGGAAGCGGAAAACUGGGCUGUUGUUACUCCAGAGUUUCAGUAACUUUCUCUACCUGGUAUUGACUAACAAGCCUGUUUCCUGCCAAAAAUAACAUAUAAUGGCAUUAAGAGCUUACCUUCAUCCACCAUAGUAGCCUACUCCUGUCAAUGAUUUUUUUCUCCCCCAAAGUGAACUAUUCUAUCACUAGUCCAGUCAAGAGCAGGGAGAAACUGGGAGUAGGCAGUGAGCUAAAAGCUGUUAGCUUACAGGUCAGAAUUUCCUCACCAUCAGAAAAGGGCAGUGUUAAGUAUACCUAAACAAAAAAUUAGAAAAGACUGUUUAAACAUUAAAAGUGAAACAAGCACAGCCUAUUGUCAGGACUGUUCCCGACUCUGGCACUCUUGGGUGCAGAAGAUGGGGGCCCGCAUGACACCUUAAAACUACCUUGCAUUUAUAGGCUUCUGCUUACAAAAACUCCUCAAGGUCAUGGAAUCAUUGGCCCUUGGAGAGAGGCUACCACCACCAAGUGAAUUAAAACCCUGAAAACCAGGAAGAAACAUUUGAACUUCUUCCUGAGGGGUACCUCAAGCUCUUACCACAAGAGAGCUUGGGGAAAAAAAAACCAGAAAACAAACUGCAAUCUCUGCUAGCUGAUCUCUGUCUAGGCAGGUGCACACACACACACACAGCCCUCCUGUUACUUUUCAGGACACAAUCAAAUCAUCAUGUUAAAAAAAGGUGAUUUUUAUUAACAAAACAAAAAGAUAUACUUGAUAAACCAUACUUGGUUGCUAGGUGUUAGAGCAACUGAGAAAAGAACAGAUUAAAAACAUACAUGUAGUUUCUUUAGGAUGCAGCUUAGAUACGGGGAAGGGAAGGCAUGUGGAUUUCGUACAAAGAAGCGUAACAAAACAAAGAAAAUAACCUCAUUGUGACUAAAUAUACAUUUUCCCCCCAUUUACUCAUGAUCCCUUCAUGGUCCAGUCCAUUUUCAUGCCCAGAAUUCCUUGAAGGCAUGUUAGUCCUGCCUGGAUUUAAAUCAUGUUUCUCCUAACUCCUGGCUUACAAAACAAAUCAGAGAAACAGCAAGCAGGUAAUCUUUACAAUUCAAAUGUCAGCAUUAUCUCAUUGGUUCUUUGGGCUCUCUGCCAACACCCCCUACCUACCUGACUUUAACCUUUUAGUCACUGAGUGCUGGCCAGCACUCCUCCUAUCCCUCACACCUAUAAAGACAUACUUUAAGUAAAAAAGUUGAAAUUAUUUUGAAGAACCUCAAAGAAUAGUAGCAUGUCUGUCAUCAUUCAGACAACUUGAUUGCAUAUUUUAUCCCCUCCGCCCCUGCUUUUUGUCUUUUCUCAUUCCUGGUUCCUGUUCCAAGCUGUGGGUGGGCAUGCACCUGCACCAUUGCCUGAAUUAAACUUCAUAUGCCCAGAAGAUUCAGCAGAAAGCUGCUUACAGGAUCUGAACUUAAACUGUAAGCUUCUUGGAACAUGGAUCAUCUGUAUGUUUUAUGUAGUACAAAUACCUGACCUAUACUCCAUUCACUUAUGUCAUCUGGCACCUUUUACUAUUAACAGUGAGGGAGCUGAGGAGAAAAAUAAAAAUUGCCAACAGCAUACAAGCUGCUGUCCAUUGCAAUACUUACUGUACACUGGCAUGGUAGUGUCAAGUUUGACCACAGGACAGGACAUGCUUUCAUUUUUUCGAGCUGCAAUUACUAGGAUGUUUUUUUCAUUGCUGCAGAGUUAAAGCAGGCCACUAUGUAAUUAUGUGCAAUAGAGAACUGCUGCAAAUGCUCAGCUCAUCAAGGUUUUAACCGCUUCCACUGAAGUCAGUGAUUACUGUAUAUGCUUAAAUUAAAGAGAAAUCUUGGAUUUUACAAUUUUAUUGGGGGGGAGGGGCAAGAAGGUGAAGUGUCCUGUAAACUUGUUUUUCCUCCAAAUUUUGUUGCCAAGGAGCAAACAAAUUUCUCAUUUGAUUUAUUGAAAUGAAAUUUUAAAGUGUCAAAUUAAUAUUACUUUAUUGAGCAUCAGUCAGGUACUGGUGGCUGGAUUAGUUUUUAACUUUUACAUUCAUUUUCCUGAGGCUUCUGUGAGCACAUAAGUUUCGAGGUUGUUUUAACAAAGCAGUGAUAUGUUAAAAUUACUUCAAUAAAAAUAUAUGAAACUCUUAUACUUUUAUGGUCCCUAUCACAAUAGUAUCUGAGCACCUCAUCCAUUUAACUUGUGUUGCUUAUGGGAAAACUAAAACAAGACAAAUCAACGACUUUCCCACACAUUGAAACUUAGGAUUGCUCUGAAGUGUUUUUUAAAUCAAUUUUAAAUUUUGCUUUUUAAACAGGUAGCACUGAAGACUCUUCAGGUCUGUAAACUCCACAGAAAACUAACUUGUAGAACAGCCUUUCUUGCCUGUCAGGCCAUAUACUUGAAUUGUGAAAAAUGUGCAUAAUUGUAUUGAUGGGAUCUUUUACAAUCCAGUGUAUGUGCAUUAAAACCAGAGUUGCUGUACAGCCUAUCAUGGCUGUUGGUGAGAUUUUGUUCCAACCUGUAUUAUACUGCCAGUAAAAUAUGCAUAUUUCAGAUAUCUUAUAAAGAGAACUGACUUGCAAUUAGCUCAGAGAAACAUGGUUGAAAGAGCGAUACCUAGAACAUGAUAAAUGAUACAUUUAAUUCAUCAAAAAGUAACUUGAUUUGAAAUCCUGUUUUGAAUAAGAUGAAGGAACCAGAGGUAAUAAGCCAUAAACUUUGAUUUUUAUUAAAAUGAUGCAUCUAGUUUUAUUAAUGCUACUGUAGAAAUUAAUUCUCAUGUUUUUGUACUUCCAUUUAUUUUUUAAAUGGAUGUCUACUUACUGAGGAUUUUAGAGACAAGGUAGAAGGUAAUAUUGUUUAUUGGACCAACUUUUUCAAGCUUACAGAAAGAUCUUCAAGUGUGGGAAGAAUACUAUAAGCUCAUAUAUGUCUCUUUUGCGAACAGAAGUUGGUUCAAUAAAAGAGAAGGCCUCACCCACCAGACUCUUUAUUUACUUAAGAGGCACUUGUCUACUAUCCAUUACAAUAGUACUCUGAAUGUGUACUGUUCUACUUUGUUGUCCACUAAUUAAAUACAUUUAUUAAAAUGUAACUUGUUUACAGUAUUUGUUAGCUUAUGCACAAAAACUAUUUAGUCAACCUUAAUUUAAAAAAGAGGUAGUGUGAAGAAAUGAAAAAAGUAAUCUAAUAAGCUUUUUAUUUAUACAAUGCAGGUUGACAUACUAGGUAUUCACUUAUGAGAUGAGUUCAAAUUCUCAAUGGAUAGCAGCUAGUAUCUGGUUAAUCUCUAGUAUCGUAGGCAUAACCAUAACUUUUAGUGGCAUGUAAGUGACAGGACUGAUUCUAAACAUGGCUUUUAUCUACUACUCAUGUUAUUUAAACUGAGCUGAACUGUUUUUGCUUUCUUAAAGAAAAGCACCACUUGAUUAAUCUAGUUAAUAGAUUUAUCAUCACUUGCAAUAGAAUAUCUAGAUACACACUGCACUAUCCAUACUGUGCAUAUCAUCUAGAUCCGUAGUCUCCAACCUUUUUACACCCAAGAUCACUUUUUAAAUGACAGACCAAGCCAAGAUCUACUGCCCUGCCCCUUCUUUGAAGCCCCGCCCCUU